CACUCCUAUUGCAGGCAUGGCUGCAGUUGUAUGGCUACCUCCCAAAGGCCAGCCGCCAGAUGUCCACACUGCGCUCGGCUCAGAUCCUUUCCUCCGCCGUUUCUGAGAUGCAGAGUUUUUAUGGCAUCCCUGUGACAGGGAUUUUGGAUGAGGAGACGAAAGCAUGGAUGAAACGGCCUCGGUGCGGAGUCCCUGACAAGAUUGGCGCUCAGGUCAAAGCGAACAUGCGGCGAAAGCGGUAUGCGCUGACGGGGCGGAAGUGGAAUGAGACUCACCUGACUUUUAGCAUCCAGAACUACACAGAGAAACUGGGACCCUUCCACUCUUACGACGCCCUCCGGAAGGCUUUCCGCGUGUGGGAGCAGGCGACCCCGCUAGUCUUCCAUGAGAUCCCGUAUGAUGAAAUCCGGCAAAAGAGAAGAAGGGAGGCCGACAUCAUGGUGCUCUUUGCCUCUGGAUUCCACAGGGAUAGCUCUCCGUUCGAUGGGGCUGGGGGCUUCCUGGCCCACGCCUACUUCCCAGGAACUGGAUUGGGAGGGGAUGCCCACUUUGAUUUGGAUGAACCCUGGACGCUGGAAAAUGCCGACGUCGCUGGGAACAACCUCUUCCUAGUGGCGGUCCACGAACUGGGCCAUUCGCUCGGCCUGGAGCAUUCCAGCAACCCCAGUGCUAUUAUGGCUCCUUUCUACCAAUGGAUGGACACCGAGAACUUCCAGCUUCCUGAAGACGAUCUUCGAGGCAUCCAGCAGCUGUACGGUACUCCAGGGGGCCAGCCUCACCCCACAAAGCCCCUCCCCACGGUGAUGCCCAGAAGUCCCGAUCACAAGCCCCCCAGGCUACCACCCCCCGGCAAGCCAGCCCAGCCUCCCAGGCCAGGCAAUCCCGACCAGUAUGAGCCCAACAUUUGCGAUGGCGACUUCGACACGGUGACGGUGCUGCGUGGGGAAAUGUUCGUGUUUAAGGGCCGCUGGUUCUGGAGAGUCCGGCAUAACCGGGUGCUGGACAAUUACCCUAUGCCCGUGGGUCACUUCUGGAGGGGCCUCCCUGGUAACAUUGACGCUGCUUACGAGAGGCAAGAUGGUCGGUUUGCAUUCUUCAAAGGGAAUCAGUACUGGCUUUUCCGUGAAGCGAAUCUGGAGCCCGGUUACCCACAGCCGUUGACUAGCUACGGGCUGGGCAUUCCUUACGAUAAGGUGGACGCUGUCAUCUGGUGGGAGCCCACGGGGCAUACCUUCUUCUUCAGAGGGGACAGGUAUUGGCGCUUUAAUGAGGAGAGCCAUACGGUGGAUCAAGGCUACCCGAGAAAGAUCAGUGUGUGGGCGGGUGUCCCCCAUACGCCCAAAGGAGUCUUUUUGAGUGCUGAUGCAACCUACACUUAUUUCUACAAAGGCAGGGUGUACUGGAAGUUUGACAACGAGCGGCUGAAGACGGAGCCCGGCUACCCCAAGUCCAUUCUGCGGGACUUCAUGGGGUGCCACGAGGAGGUCCCUGUGAACCCCGACCCUGGCCGCAGAUGGCCCGACGUGGCCAAGCCUCCCUUCCAUCCAGACGGCGCAGGGCGGGAGAAGGAUGAGGAGGGGGUCGAAGAGGAAGAACACGUGGACGCGGGCCCGGCGGAGAAAGAUGAAAAAGAUGCUGAGGGCGAUUACGGCGAUGGCGCAGACAACGACCGAGAGCAGGGCCCUGGCCGUGACAAUAGCAACGACGUGGAUAUUGUGGUGCAUAUUAAUGAUUAUCCCUUGACCCUGAGCGUCGUCAUGGUGACGGUGCUGCUGCUGCUCCUCCUUUGCAUUCUCGGCCUUGUCUACGUGAUGGUACAGCUGCAACGCAAGGGCCCCCCUCGUAUGCUUCUCUACUGCAAGCGGUCCCUCCAGGACUGGGUCUAAAGCCGGAUCAUCCUCACAGGUGGCCUCGGGGGGGGGGUCUCCUUCCUCUCCAUCUCCGAGAAGCCGUCCUGAGUCACAAGAGCUGCUGAGGUCUUCCCUCCCGAGGGAGAACCUUUUGAGGUGCCUGGGUGCCGGGCGGGUUGCUUCCUCUUCCCCGGACCUCGUCGCUUCCGGUAGAAUUGAAGACGGUCGCCAGGAAGGCUCUGUGCUUCGUACCUGUGUGCCUCGGCCUUGACUGGGAAUUGGGUGGGGGUGAGUGGCUGUUUUCCUCUACGGACAACGCAGUAGGCUUCAAGCGAUGCUCUGCACCCCUUUUGGAAAGAGCGGGCCCUCCCUAAACCCCGUGUGGACGUGUGGUUUCCUAAUAAUGUACUACUGGACAUCGGUCCUCCAGAUCCCGUUUCCUGCUCUAGGAUCGAGUCUGUGCUUGUUGACCCAGAACGGUGUUUGUAAGGGCCGUGAACGGACGAGGCUGAAUAUAUUCUCUCCCUUUCGUGCAUGUGCUCUAGAAAUGUCGGCCUGACACCUGUCGGCCUUGUGGGAGUGCAGGGCGAUCUUUCGUUCCCCCCCCCCGCCGAGGGCCAGUUGCAAACACAUGCUUCUUCUAACAGCUGCCUUUGACGGAGGGCCGUGCCCUUGAGUGGCUAGCAUCCGCCGAUGUACAGAGCAAUCGAUAUCCUGAAAACCUUGACGUUGAUUUUUUUUGGUAGCUCGUUUUCACCCAGUAGCCUUGUUUGGUUGCAAAGCAAAACUUGGAAAAUGUUUUUUUCCCCUAUUGUAAAAAAUUGCUAGUUGUUUA